UCAGUGCAGCAGCGCUCUCGCGCGUGUGAUUUGGCUUAAUUGCGCGUGGGCUAUCCGGGUUUACUUUAUAAACAGACGCAAUAAAAGAGUACAGGGCAGAAAUGAAUAAACCGAUACAGCAAAUACGAAGAAACUCGCGCUCCACGGAACAAAUCCUUCAGAUAAAUAAGUUUCUCCUCCCGGAGGAGCGUGCGUGGCGUCAGGAGCGUGUCGCAUUCGGCUGCAGGUAACAACGCAGUCUUUAUGUGCGCGCUGGAGGCGGAGGCAGCUCUGGGGUGGGGUGGACCACAGGAUCCGGUUUCGCCGGGAGAGAAGCACCGUGCUUCACCGCUUCUCCGCGCACUGGCCACCGCAUGCUGUUCCAGCACAGAGCGCGCUGUUCUGGAGACUCUGGACACUGAGACACGCUGUGACAUCUCUUCAUCUCAUGAUGCUGAUAGACCUGUGAAGAUCAGAAGCAACACAUGAUGAAACAUGCAGAGGACUCUGAAUAGAUUAAGGAAGUCAUACAGACGGCCUGAAAACUCUUUGGGAAAUAACAUAUUGGUCUUUUCAACAACAUUGGACCGUUAAAUGAAGUUCAAAGAAACGGAUGGCAAAUGACCAGACUCCAGACUAGUUUUUGUGGACCAUAGCCAUGGACGUCUAAUGGCUAAACCUUCAAUGAAUGGUUUUCUCUUUUGGGUCACCGGGAGCACUGAGGAAUGGAGGAUCCAUUCCAGACAUUCUCCCAAGGGUCUGUCAUGCUUACUUCAAGAAGAAUGAGCAAUUUUCACCAGAUGGAGAUAUGUUGCUACUGAAAUGGUCCAAUGGUUCAUUUGUCUGAACAGAGAAAUAAUAGGACCCUGAAGAAGAGGAAGUGGCCGUAACUUGACCCAUGACAAAGUAUGUGCAUGAAGAGCCAGGCUGAAGUUUAAAGAGUGGGUGAAAUGGGAAUCGACAGUAAAGUUUUAAACAAAACUAGCUUUGUGGUCUACACCUGGGAAAUAUGAGACUUUAGUUGACAGACAAAACACAAACAGUUCUUCUUCUUUUUAAUCAAAGACUCAACAAGUGUUUCUGGCAUGGGCGGCCUUUGGCUGAUCUUUUUGUCUUGUUUUUGAUGGUACGCAGUGAUGCCCAAACUUUAUUGAACUACGUCAUCCUACCCAACUUGUUGUUGAGGUUGUCAGUCGUGAUGCUGCGCAGGGGUCUGCUGGUCUGGCUCUCACGUGUGGGUGUUCUGUUAGUGGUGGUGUGCUGUUGUUUUUCCCUCCUUUAUGUCAUCACCUGCAGCCCCCAUGCUGAUGAGCCCAUGGCUGGGCAACCCCUGCCCAGGGCUGGAGGGAUGGCUAUGCCAGGAGGUCCAAGCAGGCCAGGUGGGGUUGGAGGGGCCCCCAUCGGCCCUGCCAGACGGGAAGGGUUCCAAGCCCUUCUCCAAGAGCGCGAAGAGCAGCACCGGCAGCAUAUUACUAGCUUGAAAAAACAAAUUGCUCAACUUAAAGAGGCUCUCCAGGAACGGCGCGAACAACUUAAAGGCAUGCAGGACUCUAUGGAGAAGACAGCUGGAGAGGGCACUGUGGGUGACGUGGCUGACGAACACAGUCACAGCGACCUGCAGGAGUUCCUACGCAGUCAGCUGAGCCGGGCAGAGGUGCACUCCGGCGUUCGACUUCCGAGCGAGUACGCUGUAGUGCCCUUUGAGAGUUUCACCUUACAACGUGUCUACCAGCUGGAAAUGGGGUUGACCCAUCACCCUGAGGAGAAGCCGGUGAGGAAGGACCGCAGGGAUGAGCUGGGGGAGGUGGUGGAGAGCGCACUGCACGCCCUCAAUGCACCAAAUCAAGGUGGAGACAAAACAAAACCUAGCAAAGUCUACACACCAUCAGACUUUAUAGAAGGCAUAGCGCGCACUGAGAAGGACAAGGGCACGCUGUACGAGCUGACCUUCCGCGGAGAGCAGAAGCAGGAGUUUCGCAGGCUGCUUCUCUUCCGCCCCUUCGGCCCCCUCAUGAAAGUGAAAAGUGAGCUGGUGGAGUCGGCCAACGUUGCCAUUAACAUUGUGCUGCCUCUGUCCCAGAGAGCCGACAAAUUCAAACAGUUCAUGCACAACUUCAGAGAGGUGUGUGUGAAGCAGGAUGGCCGGGUGCACCUUACCGUGGUAUACUUUGGAAAGGACCAGAUGAAUGAAGUCAAAGGAACCUUGGAGAACACAUCGAGGGAGCUGAAUUUCCAUAACUUCACUCUGAUUCAGCUGAAUGAGGAGUUUUCUCGGGGUCGAGGGCUGGAUGUGGGCGCUCGUGCUUGGAAGGGAGGCAAUGUGCUGCUCUUCUUCUGUGACGUGGACAUCUUCUUCACAGCCGACUUCCUGAACACAUGCCGUCUGAAUGCCCAGCCAGGAAAGAAAGUGUUUUACCCCGUUCUCUUCAGCCAGUACAACCCAGCUGUGAUCUACGGCAGUCAUGAUCACAUCCCCCCUGUGGAACAGCAGCUGAUCAUUAAGAAAGACACAGGCUUUUGGAGGGACUUUGGCUUUGGAAUGACCUGCCAGUACAGAUCCGAUUUCAUCAAUAUAGGUGGUUUCGAUGUGGACAUUAAAGGCUGGGGUGGCGAGGACGUCCACCUGUACAGGAAGUACCUCCACAGUAACCUGCUGGUGGUGCGCGCCCCGUCACGCGGUCUCUUCCACCUGUGGCACGAGAAGCACUGUGCUGACGAACUGCCUCCAGACCAGUACAAGAUGUGCAUGCAGUCCAAAGCCAUGAAUGAGGCCUCGCACGGCCAGCUGGGCAUGCUGCUCUUCAGACACGAGAUUGAGGCGCACCUCCGCAAACAGAAACAGCGAAGCGGAGCUAAAAAAUCUUGAUGGACGUUAUCGCUUGUAUAUAUGCUCUUAAAGGGACUGUCCACCCAAAAAUGGAACAUUCUGUCCUUAUUUACUAAGCCUCAUGACAUUUGUUCUCUGGCAGAGCUCUGGUUGUUCUUUUUGCUGUUUUUACAGUGAAUAUUGACUGAAGCUUUAAAAAAGAUGCAAAAAGCACCAUAAAAUCACUAGAAAAGUGGUCCACAUGAAGCCCAAAAUUGUGUUCAUGAGAAGUUUUAAAGAAUUGAAUCUUUUUAUUGAAUCACAUCGCAGAACAAGUAUGAAUGAUUCGCUCAUGAUUCAGACUAAUCUGUGGUUUUUACUUCUUCUGCCUGUUUCUGUUGUAUUGCUUUAGAAGUCUUGAAACAUAGUAUAAAUAUAAUAACACUGCCAUCCAAAUGUUUGAACUAAUUCAGAUUUUUAAAAUGUUUUUAAAAGAAGUCUUUUGUGCUCACCAAGGCUCUAUUUAUUUGAUAAAAAUACAGUAAAAUACAUUUAUAAGGUUACAAAAGAUUUAUAUUUCAAAUAAAUGCUGUUCAUUGAACUUUUUAUUCAUUAAAAAGUCCUGACAAAAAAAUAUUAAGCAGCAAAAACUGCUUUCAACAUUAAUAAUCAUAAGAAACAUUAUUAAUAAUUGAGCACCAAUAAUAAUUGCUAAAAACGGAAAACCAAAUCAUCAUAUUAGAAUGAUUGUAAAUCACACGGAAAAGAGCAUCCUGUACAUUUUUCAGAAGUUCUCCUUUUAUGUUCCAAAGAGGAAACAAUCAUUUGGUUCAGCAUGACACCAGGGCGAGUAAAUGAUGACAGAAUUAAUUUAAGUUAUGCAUGAGAGGAGACGUGAAGGAAUUAUACAGUACUACCUUCAGUGAAGAGCAAAACUGACGCACACACAUAUGCAAACCCAAACACUGAGAUAACCAAGAGAUGCCACAGGAACAGAGCAGCUGACAGACAUUCCCUCAAGACAAGAUAGUCAUGUGUGGGUGCGCAGUUAAGGACCUUCAAGUCUCUUUGGAGUGAUACAGUAUGAUCACAGUAUUACAGAGAUGCAGCACAAUGCAGGCAGUGGGUUACACUGAUAAACUGCUACAGAUGACAUUUACAUGAGACACUUUUUUUUUUAGAAUGCAAGUGAGAAAAAUACUAUUAAUGUAUAAUGUGGGUACAUAAAUUCUUAAUUGUGAACCGAUGAGUGAGAAGAAGAUUGAGGGCUAAUGCAUGUUAUGUAGAGUUCAUGUGACGAGUGGUUCAAAGAACUGCAAUUCAUUUCAUGUUACUCUUGAUUUAUUAAUGUUGUGGUGCCACCUUGUGGUGCCAUUUAUUAAAAUGGUCAGUCAGCUGACGGUUUUACAGAGGUACUUCAAUAAUUAUAUACAAAUAUACUAAACAAAUGUACUAGUUUUAAAAGUAAAUUAAAUUCUAAUUAUCAAAUUUUGAUUUCAAAGACACUGUCAUUGUAUUGUAAUAUCUGAGUGAUAUUUUGUAUGACAAAGAUUUUACGAGCAUCAAAGAGUAUGCGUACUGAAGAUUAACAGUAUUUGUUAGAGGGUUUAUUUAAGUGACACUUCCAAAUACUUAUAUUUGUGCACAAUUUAUAAUCUUCAGAUUUAGCUGAAUUCUAUUGAAGUUCAGGCAGAAUACAAGCCCGUCAAAUAUAUCAAAGACUUCAGCGUGCAAAGUCCCUAGUGCUGUGUACAGUAGUUUAAAAUAAUUAUUUACUGGGGGACAAGAUUUAUUUAUUAUUAUUAUUAUUUUUAAGUAUGACCUUUUUCAACCCAAAACCUCGAAGCGUGUAUGGUUAUAUGUUCUUUAAAAAAAAAA